AUGCCUUCUCGAACUAUCACCCGUCUUGUGAGACUAUAUGGAGGUACUCCGCUGGUCGAAUUACCUCCCAUUUUCCUUGCUCCUGCUCUCCAAUUCCCUUCAUUACACUUUGCUUCUUUCCAAUGCUUGAAAUUCUCCACCACUCCUGCUCCUGGGUUGAAACGGGACCUCAGCAAACACCGUGGUGUAUCUGCUAUUCACAGAACCGGUCCGAGGUACCCCCUUUCAGUGUCGAAGUACACUUUGCCACGUCCAGUUAAACCGAAAGAGCAGGAAAAAAGGCCUAGCAAUCCGAAGCAUGGCCUCUGGGGAUUUUUUGGCCCUGAUCGGAAACCUAUCCCAACCCCAGAAGAGGAAUACGCUCAUGGGCGCGCUUGGUCGAUUCAAGAGCUUAGGCAAAAGUCAUGGGAUGACCUUCACAAGCUCUACUGGCUCUGCGUGAAAGAACGCAACCGAAUAGCUACAGCCCGCUAUGAAAGACAGCGGCUACAAGCUGGCUAUGGGGACUAUGAGUCUAACAAUCGCGACAAAACAGUUCGUGGUACGCAACAAUCGAUCAAACAAGUUCUUCGCGAGCGAUGGUAUGCCUGGGAGGACGCGCGACAACUUUAUGAAAGCGGUGAAUAUUCUCCUGCUGACGCACAAGUGAUGGAAGCGGAGGCUUAUGCUUAUGAGCCACCAGCCUUAGAUGUGGAGGAACCGAAAGGUGAAGCAUCGGAUUCGGUGAAGAGUCCUCCAUCUUCCUAA